AUGCGCAUGCACUCCGCCUUGCCCCUCGCCGUAGAAGCUUUGUGUUGCAAAUCGCACAACAGUGUGACCCGGCAUCCCCCAGUUCUCUUCUGUCCUCGGCAAGUCCACCCCUUUGCAUUUCAUCUUUAUAUUCAGAGAUUUGGAGCUAGUGAGACUUGGGAAUACCUUGGCCAGACCUUGGCACGCAGCGCACAACAGUGACUGCGCAUAUGACGUAGUGACGUACACGACGUCCCAACGAUCCAUCGGAUAUGUACGGGCACAACAUUGUGCAGCUUGCCAAUUAGACCUUUCGACCUUCAGAGUCUCAUCUUAUCUUGACCUCCUUGUUGGCUUGGCAUUCUUCCUCAAAGGCGUCGGCAUCGGUGCCGAAGAGCGCACAUGGGGUGACGAAGUCCAUAGUAUGCGACAC